CCGCCCAAUCGGGCGAUGCGGCCGCCGUCUUUCCUUCCCCCGAUUGGCCGCGCCACGCCCAAUCGGAAGCCGGUGGGGGGGGCAAAGGGAGCUGCGACGGCAGCCCGGAAGGGACAAACUCGAGCGGGGCGCUUCGCCCUCGUUCAUGUCCCGGGCAUGGCUGGCGCGGGCUGGCGGGGCGGGCGCUUCCUCCUGGCGCGGGCGGCGGCGGGCGGCGGCGGCGGGGCGAGGAGCCGGGGCUCUUGCCGGGAACCGGGGACCGACCCGCCCUGUCCGGAUUCCAAGCCCGGGAAAAGCAGCGGAGCCCCCAAGAUCUACACCAAGACGGGAGACAAAGGGUUUUCCAGCACCUUCACCGGGGAGAGGAGAGCCAAAGACGACCGGAUCUUCGACGCCUUGGGAACCCUGGACGAGCUGAGUUCGGCUAUAGGGUUGAGUGCUGAAUUUGGCAGUGAAAGCGGCCACACGUUUGUGGAAGAACUCCACAAGGUCCAGUGUAUGCUGCAAGAUGCCGGCUCUAAUGUGGCAACGCCCAUCUCUUCAGCCAGGGAGUCUCACAUAAAGCGAACGUCCUUCAGUGAGAAGCCCGUGCUGGAGUUGGAAAGCUGGAUAGACAAAUACUCAGAUCAGCUCCCACCGCUCACCUCCUUCAUUCUGCCAUCUGGUGGAAAAAGCAGUGCUGCCCUCCAUCUCUCCCGGGCUGUGUGUCGCAGAGCCGAGAGGUGUGUCGUUCCUUUGGUGAAAACAGGAGAAGCAGAUGGAAACGUGGCCAAGUAUUUAAACAGGCUGAGCGACUACCUGUUUGUCUUGGCCCGGUUCGCUGCGAAGCAGGAAGGGAAGGAGGAGCAAAUCUACAGAAGGAUGGAGCCCCAAGACUAAACUCGUGAAUGCAUGAUGUGGAAUGAGCAACUUUUGAGCCAACAGAAGGCAAAGCCGAAGUGUCAAAUGCCAGCAAUUUGAAACGCUCAGACCCCUACCUGAAAAGCCAAUAGAAGCCCACAGAAAUUCAGAUUCCUGGCCGCCUUGUUGGGAGUCCGGCUUGCGUGUGUGAAUUCAGAGCAACUGUGAUGAUGCCUGAAGAUGCCUUCGUUGCUUCUUGGAACACUGGAGGGAAUUCAGGUUUAGUUCAGUCCCGUUGGCUCCAGUUAAGCGUGGUGUUGCCUGCCAGGUUCCUUCGGUCAAAAUAAAAAUAGAUCCGGAUUCCUUCCCUCGGCCACGACUAUCGAUACGUCUUGUCAACAAUCUUGGAAAGCGGCUUUCGAGAGACGGGCACUAUUGGCAAAUGUUCCAGAAUCGGGCCUUGCCAGUAAGUUCUUUCACCGGCUCCCCUUUUCUCCCAGUCAUGCAUUUUUAAAAAAGAAAAGCUACCGCAGCAUUCAACCAAUUUGUCAACUUUAUUUCCUGUAUUCCUGAAUUUCCAGUGUGAAGAAUGGGCCGUAAUUAAAAAAAAUACUAAGCGA